AUGAGCGAGCGGGACUGUGCCCUGCCACUGAGCCUGCGGGCACCCCCGGCCUCUCUGCCCCUGCAGAUGACCGGGGAGAAAACCCUGCAGAAUAUGGCAUCUAAGCGGGAAGACCUUGAUCUGGGCAUUCCUAUGUUGAACUUAAAGACUGUCCAGACUUCAGAGACGACCCUGGCUCAAGGCUUCCUUGCAGCCCCAACAGUCAGCGAACAAGGCAGCGUGGCCACUUGGGACAAGAGGCCGCCGGAACAGGAGGCAGUGGCCUGUGGCCGCGGGAAGGUUGGGGCCCCUCCCCAGCCCCUGCAUCUCCAGAUACAUGUGCGAUGCCUCCGGGGGCUGAAGGACAAGGUGCCCCGGGGCUCCUACCUGCUCCGAGCAUCCCUGUUGGAGCGUCUCGGUGGCCAUGCCUUGGGCGGGAGCGAAGCAAAGCAGCUGGAGACCUGUACCGGGGCCUUGCAGCAUGGCGGAAACUUCUAUGAUGUGGGACUGUACUUUGAAGAGACGCUUCUUCUGGCUCUGCCUUCUACGAAAAUCCUGGCACCUGGCCUGGCCUUCUUGUUCGAGCUCUGUCUGCACCCACAGAGGCCAGCCUGCAGCCAGAGGGUGUUGGCCUGGGCAGCCUUCCCCGUGUGUGACAGCAACUUGGAUGUGGCGGAGGGAAGGUUCAAGUGUCCCCUUCUCCGAGGCCCUUAUGACCAGAAGUUUGACCGCUUCCAGGCCAUAGAAGAUGUGAUGGGCCUCGACCUGGACCUCUGGCUGGGCAACCUCUAUUUUCAGGUGCAGAAACUCUCUCCUCGAUUCGAUCUUCAGGGAACCCCCCGAGCACAAACUCAGGACCCCUCGGAAGUUCCGGUCUCUUCAGUGUCUCUGGCAGAGAUGGGGUCAGACAUGGAGACAGCGGCUGCAGCUUCUGGGAGAGAUGCGGAGAGACAGUCUCACAUUUCUCAUGAGGAGGACUCGGAACCGGCUAUUGGGCGCCAGCAGAUCAUGGGAAGAGAAGCUGAGCUAGAACAGCAGCCGAAGCUGAGUAGCAAGGCAGGUGUGAGGGCCAGGCGAGAGCAACUCCGAGGCGGCAUCUCCACCUCACGCACCUCACCCAGCAAGCCGGGUCAUAUGUUCACGUACAAAACAUUGACUGCCUGCCUAGGCCAGAGUUUGCGCUGUAAGGUUCUAAUCCGGCCAAACCGCAGUUCCGGCUCCUUUGUCUGCAGUGAAAUUUGUUUCCUCUUCGCCUUCUCUGCGGUGCUGCUGGGAGCCUGCAAGGUUGGAACUAUGGGCAACCCAGUGGUGACGGUUCGGUUGACUCCAGGGGAUCCGGUAGACACAUCCCGGAGACGUCGGCAGGAAGAAGAGCUGAAUAAAGACUUUGAGGAUGAAGUAGAGGGAAGGCCCGAAGGUCAACCCCCAGCCCUGUCCUACCUGGAGGAGUUGGAGAAGCACCGUGUGUCUGUCUGCUGCUCUCCGGGUGCCAGAAACAGUGGAUCCGGAGAGUUCUUCAAGCACGUCCGGUUCGCUCUGGCCUCGCUGUCCUGGGAGCUGGGCUUGGCUGAGUGGCGGACACAGGGGUUCUGGUACCUCCUCCUGCUGGCGGCUGCUGCCUGGUUCCUGAGACUCUACUUGCACUACCUGAGCCAGUGGCUGCUCCUCUGGGCCAUUGAGGCCCCCGUGACAAAACUUCAAGUGUCCCCACACACCGUGAAGCUCUGCUACCCGCCCGCGGCCGUGUCCCCUGGCCAGGAGCUGAUGCUGGUGGCAGGCGGGCCAUUGGCCCUGAACGCAGCUGUGCUGUCCGGUGUGCUGCUCCGACACGGCUGCCGGCGCUUCUUUGCCCCCCGACCGGAUGCUCUGUCCAAGUUCCUGGUCACCAUGGCACUAUGGACCCUUCUGGACCCCUGGGCAGUGUUGGUGGUGGAUGCGGUCCUGGGGCGGCUGACCCCGAGCAAGGACUCGCCCACCGCAGAUGUGGCCAAGCUGUACUGGGCAUUUGUCAGAACCGAGCAGCCAGGAGUGCAUGGGGUGCUGGUCACGGUUCUGGUUUACAGCCUCCUGCUGCUCCUCUCCUCUCUGAUCCUGUACCUGUAUUGCCUCAGGUGGCAUACGGAUUCUUGGAUCUCAGACGCCUUUCAGCGAACCCACAGUGAGGAAGCCAAGUUCUUCAUGCCCUACGAUCUGGAGAUUUCCAACCAGGAGCUGAGCCGCAUCGUGAAAAGGGCUGAGCAAUGGAGAGGAGUCCUUGGGGAGAGAAGGACGGUGAGUGUUGUGACGCAGCAGAGGGGACACCCCAUGGUCUGCCCACCCUCAUGCGAGACCACGGACAGGAGACCCCGCAUUGACUACAACAUCUUGAGCCCAGGGGAACACCAGACCCCACUGGGGAAGGAAGCAGCACAGUUCCGUGUUCAUCCGACCCCACCUCUGCCCUGUCCACCUCAAGCCAGUGCUUACAGCUCGGGGCUGAGAGCCCAGCACCUAUCCCGGGCCCCAGGCGAGCUCCUUCCCUGCGUGCCCACAGCCUUGCCAAAUGCCCACAGUCACUCAGGCGUCCUGCCGGCCUCUGCCAAGCGAGAGGGCUCUCUGGUGUCAGAUGAUGCUGUGGAAUAG